AUGGUUGAUUUUUCGUCGAUCAAAGCCAAAAUCUUGGAAGUAACCCAAGAUUAUCCGGACUUCCCGAAGAAAGGAAUUAUAUUCCAGUAAGUUGUGGGUCGUUUAGAUGGUAAAAUUAUUUUCAGCGACGUAUUGCCCAUUUUCAACCAUCCCAAAAUUGUUCAAGAGCUGUGCGAAAAGAUCGCCGAGAAUUAUCGAGGGAAGGUGGAUGCGGUCGCUGGACUGGAGGCGAGAGGUGCGUUUUAAGGGUAAAAUACGUCCUCCUGGAAUACUUCUUUGGUAACAUGCCAUUGUAGAUCGAUAAUUUUCCAGAUAAUGGUAUUUUACAGUAUUUAGUUGGAAAUUUUUUUUUGAAUUUUCGAAUUUCAAAAAGGCAACUGUAAAUGCUGAUGCCCUCUAAACUAAAAAAAUAAAGCCCAUAUAUAUAAUGUUACAUCUAUUUCCAGGCUUUUUGUUCGGUCCUCAAGUCGCGAUUCUCCUCGGCGUUCCAUUUGUUCCGAUUCGAAAAAAGGGAAAAUUACCGGGCGAAUUGCUUCGGGCAACCUACAAAAAGGAGUAUGGAGAGGUAAGUAGCCGUAUUCUUUCAUUUACAAGCCUUUUACAUUUAUAUUUUUAAAGGUUUUAUCAAAAAAUCCGGGUUUUUCUGCCGUACCAAUGGCCUAAUGUAACAUUGGGCAAAAAAUCCCGAUUUUUGCCUUAAAUUUUGAUUGUUUCAGGAUGUAAUCGAGAUCCAGAAGAACGCUCUGCCUCCCCAUUCCAAAGUUCUCCUCAUCGAUGAUCUCUUGGCCACUGGUGGCACUCUGAAAGCGGCUUUUGAUCUGCUGAAAAGCGCACAGUGCGACGCUUGUGAGGCCUUCGUUUUGAUCGAAUUGACCGGUCUGAAGGGUCGAGAAGUCCUGCAAGGCGCCAGAGUCCACUCACUCGUCACUUAUGAGUUCUAA